AUGGCGAUAGCCAAAUUGUCUGCGGGCAAGCGACAAUGGCACCCUCUGCCAACUUAUCAUCUCAAAGCCCCUCACGGCUGGCUGAACGAUCCCUGCGCUCCCGGAUUCGAUCCUGCGACUGGCACAUAUCACCUGUUCUAUCAAUGGAAUCCUAAAUCUUGCGACUGGGAAGACAUCUGCUGGGGCCAGUUCACCAGCAAAGAUGGCCUGCAUUGGGAAGCGAAUAGCACAGGUCCCGUGCUGGAACCUUCGAAAUCUUACGACGAUAAGGGCAUAUUCACAGGAUGCAUGCAUCCCACGGGGCCGCGGGGAGAAAAAUGUCAACUGACUCUCAUUUACUCAUCAAUCACCAAUCUCCCCAUUCACUGGACAGUACCCUACCAGCGAAACUGUGCUGGCCUGGCCAUAGCGAUCUCAGAGAACGCCGGCCGGACAUGGAAAAAGAGUCCCCUAAACCCGAUACUGAAGGGAGAACCCGAAGGCCUGAGAGCCACGGGCUUCAGGGAUCCGUACCUAGCGGAAUGGGGUGCCCUCGACGAGAAGCGCGGGGCAACGGAGAAGCAGCUCUAUGGAUUCGUCUCGGGAGGCAUAGUCGACAAGGGGCCGAAUGUAUUUGUCUACGCUGUUUCGCCACAUGACCUGACGAGGUGGACGUACAUUGGGCCGUUGGUUGACAUCCCAGUGGGAUUCACUCGGCCGGGUCACUGGACCGGAGACUUUGGUGUGAACUGGGAGUGUGUCAACUUCCUAGGGCUGGACUCGGGAGCCGACACAUGCCCUGUGCUGCUCAUGGGUACCGAAGGGGGCUAUCAAAGAGGGUACAAGGAGGGCGGCGAAGUUGCUAACGAAACAUGGACGCUAUGGAUGGCCGGGAGCCUCCAGACAACCCAGCAAGGGCCCGCCCUCGACUAUGAGUUUGGCGGCAUUCUGGACCACGGCAGCCUCUAUGCACCGAACUCAUAUCGGCACCCGGACUCUAGAGCGUGGAUCGUCUGGGGCUGGAUCAAAGAGGAAGAGCUGACCCUAUCGCGACGCGAGGCCAAGGGCUGGACCGGAUACCUCUCCCUGCCCAGGGAAGUCUUCAUGCAGCGUUUGCAUAAUGUCAGGCGGGCGCUGAAGACCCCUCUUGAGGCAAUCCCUUCCAUCAGGUUAUUGACUGAACGACCAGAGGCCGGUACUCGGGGUGUCGAAACAUUAGGGAUCCGGCCAUUGCUUGAUCUCAAACGCUUGCGGCAAGGCAAGCCCUCCAUAUGGCUUGGCGUGGAAGCACUCAAUCAACCAUAUCAAAUCGCUACCCCGGCCUCGCCAAACUGGGAGCUGGAGGCCUUUAUCAAAAUACACCCAGCACACGAGAGAAUCGGCUUCCAGGUGCGACACAACGAGGAUCGAUCGAAUAUGACGAGCAUAUACUUUUCGCCGCAGGACGAAGAGAUCGUUGUCGACAAGACGUUGUCCAACGACCUCAAAGACAUCCAAAAGGGCCGCAUCGGGGGAUCUUUCACCCUGUUUGUCCAAGAAAAGGACGGCGCAGAGUGCCUAGAGAGCCUGCACCUCCGGAUAUUCAGCGACGGAGAUGUCAUCGAGGUCUUCGCCAACGACCGUUUUGCUCUUUCCACGACAGUCUACUCCGACGCUAUCAACUGCCUGGGCAUCAGCUGCUUCGCAGAGGGGCAGGACAGUUCAGCCUCUGGCUUCGAGACGGUGAUGCUCUGGGAGGGCCUGGCGAGUGUGUAUGCAAAGUAA